CUAGUUUGCCUCGCUCAUUCCAGUGCGAUUGUGCUUUCCUUCAAUUGAUUACACUAGCGCACCACCAGAACGCGUAACCUCGAGCAGCAUCAUCAAAGCACCAGAACACGCAACGGAACAGCAUCUUCAAAGCACCACAAUCCUUGACGCGGAAUCUCAAAAACAGCAUCAUCAAAGCACCACGUCAGAAGGCGAAAUCUCAAAAACAGCAUCAUCAAGACACCACGCCAGAAGGCGAAAUCUCAAAAACAGCAUCAUCAAGGCGCACGCCAGGACGCGCAGCCUCGAGAGCAUCGUCAAGACGCCACGCCAGAACGCGCAGCCUCGAGAGCGUCAAGACGCGCAGCCUCGAGAGCAUCAAUGUCAGAGCCACUACCAAAGCGCCAAAAGCUCAAGACCACCACCGCGUGCGAACCCUGUCGAAGUCGAAAGAUUCGCUGCGAUGGCCACAAGCCCAGCUGUGAAGCCUGCUUGAAACGCAACCAACAGUGCAUCUACCACGCAGCUCCCGACGUCAAAAGCGCCAAUGCAUAUGUCGACUCACUGGUCAACCGCGUGUCCCAGCUGGAGCAAGAGCUGAACAACGCACGCAACACCAUCCUCAGACUGUCGACGGCCCCAAUCGCACCACCGCCAACAGCACCGUCCCUCCCGGAUUCCAGCAACAUUGACCCAAGACUGUUCCCCGACUAUGGGCCGCCCUCGGCAGAGCUGGGACCCGUGGAUGCCAUGGGCGGAGAUGCCGCGCUCGAGCAGCUUCCCGUGGACGGCCAGCCGUUCUAUGGCAGCUCGUCUGCACAUGGCUUCACGCGGCAGGUGUACGGGUCCAUUCUCGAAAAGGACAACAACUCCACAACACGGGAGAUUCCCAUCGAUCCAGCGUUGACCCUCCAAAAGGACAACGACUCCACAACACGGGAGAUUCCCAUCGAUCCAGCGUUGAUGGUCCCGCUUUCAGCCCCCCCCACAGCGCCCUACACGGCGCCCGAGAACUUUUCGCUCCUGCCCAGAGAGCUCGCUGACCGUCUGAUGCAGCUGUACUGGGACCGCGUGCAUCUUCUCUAUCCGGUCCUGCACAGGCGCUCGUUUGAACAAGCCUACCAAGACCUGUGGAGGCCUACGGCGCAGCACCAUCUGCACUACCGACCAUCGUCAGCGCUGGGACUCGGCGCUGCAGCCGGGCCGUCGUCGCCCGUCUUCCAUUGCGCGCUCAACGCAGCAUUGGCCCUUGGUAUGCAGUUCUCUGACCUGCCACUCGGCGAAAAGGAGCGGCUGUCGUCGGCCUGUCUGGCAAAGUCCAAGGACCUGCUGAAAAUGGACCUCUUCGAUCAAGGCAGUCUAGCGCUCGUCCAGACGCUACUGCUGCUCACGCAAUACUUUCAGUCGACCAACUGGCCGAGCAAAUGCUGGACCGCGAUCGGUCUGGCAUGCCGGCUUGCCCAAGGCCUUGACUUACACAUUGACAAGGCUCUCCCUGGCCAACGCGCCCUCACCCCAGAUGAGCAUGAGAUGAGGAGACGCGUCUGGCAUGGGUGUGUGACUCUGGACAUUGUCGUGAGCAUGACGCUUGGCCGCCCAGCCAUGCUCCUCGGAUCGAAAGCGCGAAGCUUGCCGAGACCCCUCGAGUCGGGAGAAGAAGACGUUCCCAUUUUGGCCGCCAGCAAUACCAACCCGUCGUCAAUCGACUUCUUCACGGAGACCGUCAAGCUAUAUCGGAUCGUCGGCCGCAUUCUCCUGAACGUCUACAGGAGCAACGACGAGCACUCUGAGAACAUGGGGGCUGCAGAAGAAGAACGAAACAAGGACGUGACCAUGGAGCUCAACGAGGAGCUUGCCUACUUGGCCGAGAACCUCCCAGCGGCUCUGAAAUGGCGGCAAUCGACAGGAGACGACAAAGCUGCGGGCCUUGUCGAGCGGCAACCGACAGGAGGCGACAAAGCUGCGGGCCUUUUCGAGCGGCAAUCGCACGUCCUGCACGUCCGCUUCCUGCACGCGCGCAUCCUGCUGUUCCGGCCGUCCUAUCUAACCUUCUGCCGCCGACACCAAUCCGGACAUGGCCCGGACGGGAUAGCGACGAGCACCGAAUCCUAUCCAGAACCGCUCCAGACCGCGCUCGACCUCAUCGCCGCCAUCAACGAGUACUCGGCCACAGACGCUACCGGCGCCUGGUGGUACAACGUCUUCUACACGCGCACCGCAGCCAUGGUCGUCCUGCUCGCCCGCGCAUGUCCUCCCGUCUUCCAUGUCCUCGGCGAGCAGGCCUGGCAGCAGGCGUGGACGCGCUGCGUCGCCAUCCUGACGCGGAACCUGCCGCAGUACGCGCCCGUCAAGGCGUGUCUGGAGACGCUGACCGCGCUGCGGCAGAACGUGCUUUGCGCGCGACCAGGAGCCGCGGCGGGGGAGACGCACGAGAGCCCGCGCCGUCGAGCGAGCGAGUCUGAUCUAGGAUCCGACGGCGAGCUCUUGGACCCGUUUGAAUUUGUGCGGUCGGACCUGUUUGCCGACUUUGGCUUUGAUGAUGCUCUGCCGCUGCUCUGAUGUACACACAAAUGACAAUCUGACUCUUCUUCUUCUUCUUCUUCUUCUUCUUCUCCUUCUUCUUCUUCUUCUCUCCUUCUUCUCCUUCUUCUUCUCUCCUUCUUCUUCCCUCCCGCUUCUUCCCUCCCGCUUCUUCUCUCCCUCUUCGCUGCCGUGCUGCCGUGCUGCCGAGUCUC